GUGUAGGCGUAGCGCGACGCCUCCCGCAGCUUGGCACUGCCCGGUGUCAGGGUCAGCAGUGAGGAACUCGCUCCUCUGCCUCCCAGGAGCCCAGGCUGGUCAGCUCCCCCACAAACGGACCCCCAGGUACUUGGCUUAGAAAAAGAAUGUGGUAAUGUCUGCAGGCUCUGCAGGCGGGGAGGCUGGGAUGAGGAUGAUGCCAGCUCCAGGGGCAGGGAGGCUGGGGAGCCGUGCCACUGUCCUCAGGCUGCUCCUCGCUGCUUCCCUCGUUGUGGCUGUGCAGGGUUCCUGUGAUGCUCCGCCACGUAUCCCAUAUGCAGAACUGAAAGAGAGCUACCGGUACAUCACGACAUUUUCCAGCUCUGACAGGGUGGAAUACACCUGCCGUCCAGGUUAUGUAAAACUUAGGGUCCGGGCCAGCCUUACUUGUGGAGACGAUGGUAGGUGGAAAGGAUCGACCGACUUUUGUUCACCCAAGCCAUGUAGCUACCCCGGAGACCCGGCCAACGGCAGACUUGUGGAAGUGGAGCACUUCACCUUUGGCUCAAUAGCCAACUACAGCUGCGACAUGGGGUACAGGCUGAUUGGAAAUUCCCAAAUUCAUUGUGUGCUUAAAAACGGGCAAGUUACGUGGGAUGGAGACCUUCCCUUCUGUGAGCCAAUCCCAUGUGCACCCCCUCCAAAAAUAGAGAAUGGAGAGCACAACGGAGGCGACGUUGCCGUCUUCAGCUACGGAUCCUCCGUCACCUAUCGGUGCCACUCGCCCAGCAGGGGGGAGAGAGCUUUCUCGAUGGUGGGGGAUCCCUCUAUUUUCUGCACGACCGUGGAUAACCUGAACGGCGUCUGGAACAAGCCAGCCCCGGAGUGCAAAGUGGUGGGCUGCGAGCACCCCCGGGUUGAGAACGGGAAGCUGCUGAGCGGGUACAGGGCCGAGUACACGUACCGCGACACCGUCAUGUUCGACUGCGAGUUCCGCUACACCCUGCAGGGCAGCGAGACCUCCACGUGCAGCGAGGCCGGGCACUGGGAGCCGCCGCUGCCGCACUGCCAGCGCAGCAGCUGCGAUGACCCUCCCGAUGUGUUUAGGGCUGUUAAAGCGAGACUCGCGGGCAAUUUGUUUCCUGCUGAUACUACGGUUACCUAUGAGUGUGAGACGGGCUACGAGUUCAGCCCCGGAGAAAACAUGCGACACAUUACAUGCCUGCCAGACCUGACCUGGUCUGAGACUCCCCAUCCUUGUAACAAAAUUAGGUGCCCGGAUCCAGUUGUCAGGAACGCAAUGCAUGUAAAAGAGUGGUACAAAACAGGCAAGUACGUGUAUGGAGACAGCGUCGAGAUCGUGUGUAACGAAGGCUAUGCUGUCAAGGAUUAUGGCAGCAGCGUUGCGCUUCGGUGCACGAACAAAGGCACGUGGGAUCCGGCAGUAACAGAGUGCACUGCAGAACCUCAUUGCCCACAGCCCCUUAUUGAUCAUGGGCAAGAGGUUUAUAAGAGCAAAAACGACUACAGCGUUGGGACCCGCGUGAGAAUGGUGUGUGAUGAAGGCUACGUCCUCAGAGGCGAUGAGCAGAUCGAAUGCAAAGCUGACCAGAGUUGGGCUCCCUCGGUACCGUUUUGUGACAAAGUCUGUGACCCUCCACCCCAAAUCACCAAUGGGCAGCACACGGGCUCGAGAUCAGGGAUCUUCCCCUACGGCUCGGAGGUGACGUACAGCUGUGCCGCGGGUCUGUCCCUCAUCGGGGACGAGUCCAUCUACUGCACCUCCACCGAUGGGGUGAACCUGGUGUGGAGUGGCCCUGCCCCGGAGUGCAGGGUGGUUCGCUGCCCCAGGCCCUACGUUGAGCACGGCACGAUGGCUCCGCCGAGACACACGUUCCCCUACGGGGUGACCGUGAAAUUCUCCUGCGAUGAAGGCUUUGUGCUGCACGGCGAUGCUGAGACCCAGUGCACGGAUGAUGGCAUCUGGCAGCCGCUGCUGCCCUCCUGCGUCCCAGUUCAUUGUUCCUUGCCAGAGAAAGAAUGGGAUAUAGAUUUUCCUUCCUCAAAGAAAACAUACAAGGUGAAUGACAUCCUCUACAGCUCCUGUGAGCGUGAUGGCUAUCACUUAAAAAAUGCACCAAGCACCUGCUCAGCUGAUGGCACGUGGAUACCACCAGCCAAGUGUAAAACGCUUCGCACAUGCCAGAAGAUUCUUCAAAUCAAAGAAACUUUCCUGUGCGGUGUUCCUCUGACAGAACUGAAAACUUUGCUGGAGGUGCAGAAGCUGUACCUGGAGAUCCAGAAGCUGGAGAAGGAGCUGGGAAACAGAAGAAACAGCUGCUUUAUUCCCUGUUGUCCCCACCGGGGAAGAAGGCAGAGCAGCGUUCCCUCCCUUGCCACAGCCUCGCUGGAGGAUGCAGGGAGGGCAGCCCUCACCCCGAGCAGGACAGAAGCACCAGCGUGCUGCCGUCGGCGUGGCUGCCUGGCCUGGCCCCGACUUCCUACAGCUGCUUCCCCUUCCCCGGGGCUCCUCGCCUUCCCCCGGCACAGUCGGCGCUCGCCCAGCAGCUCCUGCACCAUGCGGGUGCUUCGCAGCUGGACGGGGCCGCUGCUGGCAGCGGCAGUGCUCGUGCUGCAGCCCACUGGGAGUCUCGCGCUGCAGUGUCCAGUCCCACUUAUCGCACACGGACGGCUGAGACCCGUGCAGAACUUCACCUCGGGCAGCGCGGCCAUGGUCGAGUGCGACGCUGGCUACGUCCCCGCGGGCACCGGCACCGUGCGGUGUCUGGCCAGCGGCAGGUGGCAGCCACGGGUGCCCGCCUGUGUCCCAGGUCGCUGCCCUUCACCUCCUGCUCUCAGCUACGCCGACCGAAGCCCUCAGCGCGAGUUCCUGGUCGGUUCGACCGUCACCUACUUCUGCAGAAACGGGUACACUUUGAUCCCCGACGUAUCUCCAACAAUUACUUGUCUCAAAAACUUCACCUGGUCCGCAAUCCCAACGCUUUGCCAGAUGGUGCAGUGUCCGAACCCCGCCAUCAGCCACGGGCAGGAGAUCAACGUGAAGGAUGCCCAGUACACCUUCGGGCGCCAGGCGGCUUUUCAGUGCGACCCUGGCUACGUGCUGUGGGGCAGCCAGUGGGCUCAGUGCGGGUCUGAUGGGACGUGGAGCCCCCCCAUUCCGUUCUGCGAUAAGGUCUGUGACCCCCCUCCCCAAAUCACCAGCGGGCAGCACACGGCCUCGAGGUCGGAGCUCUUCCGCUAUGGCUACGAAGUGAAGUACAGCUGUGCCGCGGGUCUGUCCCUCAUCGGGGACGAGUCCAUCUACUGCACCUCCACUGAUGGAGUGAACCUGGUGUGGAGCGGCCCUGCCCCAGAGUGCAGGGUGGUUCGCUGCCCCAGGCCCGCCGUCGAGCACAGCAGGAUGGCUCCGCCGAGACACACGUUCCCCUACGGAGUGUCCAUGCGAUUCUCCUGCGAUGAAGGCUUUGUGCUGCACGGCGAUGCUCAGACCCGGUGCGCGGCCAACGGCACCUGGCAGCCGCCGCUGCCCUCCUGCGUCCCAGUUCAGUGUCCGGAACCGCAAGUUGUCAAUGGAAGGCUGAAAAACCCCAGUGACGGUAAAACGUGGUACCCAGCAAACACGACUGUUACUUUCGAGUGCCUUCAUGGGUACCACUUCGGUGAUGGACCCGCCACUUUUGAAGACGCUUGGACAGCCACGUGCCUGGCUGAUGGCAACUGGACACCACUGCCCAAAUGUAAGAAGGAAGGAGAUGCUGAUGUAUGUGAAGAGGUUGCGCAUAUUAAAAUGGCCUUUGAGUGCGGUGUGCCUAUGGAGGAAGUGAGAACUCUGCUGGAAGUACAAAAACUGUUCCUGGAGAUUCAAAAACUAAAGGUGGAACUCGAGCUCUCGAAUAAGGAUGUCCUAAUUACUCCCCCAGCCCCCAUGUGGGGCAGAAGGACCUGGAAGCUUUGCCUGGGCCCCCUGGGUGACUGCUGUUCACCACCCUUGGCUACACCCCUUGUCCCUGUGGGAGGGUUGAGCUCCAUGUGUGUUCUGGACGGGUUUCCACUGCCUCACAGGCUUGGCUGCGUCUCCGCUGCUGCAUCUCAUCUCAGCUUUCAGAAACAGCCUCUGGGAGCCAACAGUGCUCGGCAGAGGAGUGCAGGAAUCGCUGCGAUGAAGCCUGGAGAACCAGGGCAGGGGAAGCACCCGGGCACCUCGAGCUUCUGGGCUCGCACCAUGAGGCAGGGAUCCAGCCACCCCACGCUGCUCCUGGCCUUGCUGGGGCUCCUAGGCACACCUGCAGCUCGUGGUGACUGUGGGCCCCCACCCCGUCUGGCCCACUCCAAGCCGUCCGUGGCCGAGCAGCCCAGCAGCUUCCCGGUUGGAUCCAGGGUCACCUACGUGUGCCUCGAAGGCACCAUCAAAAUCCCCGGGCGGGUGGACACAGUGCAGUGCCUGCCCGGGCCCCGCUGGUCCCAGCUGCCCGAGCCCUGUGGCCUGAGCUGCUCUACCCCGACAAGGCUACAGUUUGCUGCCCUGUCCGAGGUGGACAAGAGGAUAAAUUUCUUCCCUAUUGGGUCCACUGUGAGCUACAUCUGCCACCCCGGCUACAAGAACAUCUCGGAAAGCUCCCUCACCAGCACGUGUCUUGAAAAUCUGACGUGGUCGGAGGUUGCUGAGUUGUGCCGCAAGAAGUCCUGCGGGCAGCCGCCGGCGCUGCCCAGGGGCAGGACCCUCGCCCUGAAGGACUUUCUGUUUGGUGCCAGAGCGAGCGUGGUCUGCGAUGAAGGGUACAAACUAAAUGGGAGGAAUUUCAUCCAGUGUUGGCUGAAAGGAGAUGAUGUUGAGUGGAGUAAACUUCCAACCUGUGAAUUAAUUACCUGCUCUUCACCUCCUCCAAUUAGCAAUGGGAAGCACGAUGGUGAAGGUGUAGAAAAAUUUCCUUACAACUCAACAGUGACUUACAGCUGUGACUCUGGCUUCCAACUCAUUGGAAAAGCGAGCAUCCACUGUACAAGUACAGACAAAACAAACGGGGUCUGGAGUGGAGCAGCGCCUAAAUGUAAAGAGAAAAGCACAUUUGUCAAACUUGGAGCAAAAGAAGUGGAAAGGAGCACUCCUCCCCAAAAUUCCCAGGGAAAUGGCAUCCAAACAGAUAAAAGGGUUUUCACAAAGGAAAUGAAAAUCAGCCUUUAUAAGGAGUCACUCCAAAGCAGCAACUCCUUCUCCCAUUCUUCUUCCUUCUCCAGGCCACGAGGGGACUGCGGGCCGUUGCCCCAGCUACCCGGGGCAGAACCUCCAGAGGACUCCAAAGAUCAGCAAAGCUUCCCCGUCGGCUCCCAAAUAACAUACCAGUGCGUUCAAGGCUUUGCUAAGCUCCCCUUGAAGUCAGACACAAUACAGUGCCUGGAGAACUCCCUCUGGUCCAUCCUCCCGGAGUUUUGCAAUCGUAGCUGUUCCAGCCCGCCUCGUGUGGGUUUCGCAAGAGUAUCAGAGGAAGACGAAUUCAAGAAUUUUUAUGCUGUUGGUAUCACGGUGAACUACGUUUGUAACCGAGGCUAUGAGAAUAGCACCAACGAGCUUCCUACCAGCACUUGUCGUGAAAAUUUAAUGUGGUCAGAGGUUCCCGAGUUAUGUAUAAGUGAAUCUUGUGGUACUCCAGAAGAUCCAGAACAUGGUACAGUUGUUACAACAGAUCACCUGUUCGGCACGAAGGCAGAUGUUAUUUGUGAUGAUGGGUACAUGCUGACGGGGCCAACUUUCAUCCGGUGUUACCUAAAGGGAGAUGGAGUUGCCUGGACUCAGCUUCCAACUUGUCAGCUUAUCCAGGUUUCAUCCUCUACUGUUGGCACUCCAGCAGUGACAGACGCCACCAAGCCGUUGGAAAAGACACCAGAGUAUCACUACAUCCUACGACAUAUAAGCCAAAUCCUACAAAUGCGGGAGAUGAAGAACAGGGACCAUCCUGCCAGGAGCGUAAAACUGGUCCGUGAGAAGGGACAGUUCCUGCUAGCUCCUGACACCGUCAGUGAUGAAGUUUUGAGUGCAGAACUGCGGCGGGGAGGCGGCUGUGUGGGUAGGGAGGCCGUGCCCAGUGCCCUCCUGUGCUCGUUUUUAUUUUCCAUCGACGCGGGGACACAUUUAUCGCGGGUACCGCAGGAGACGCCCCCGGGGCGGGCGGAGCCGCUCGAGGCGGGGGGGGGGUCGGGCGCGGGGCGGGGUCUCCCGCAGCCGCCCCCGCACGCCCCCUUCUUGUUCACCCACGGAAGGAGGGCGAAGGCUCUGUGGGCGGCGGGGCAGGGCUCAGCCGAGCCCUUUAUUUUCCUACGCAAGCAAAAAAAUCACCAGAGGCCGGCCCCGUGCCCGCCCGCCCCGGAAAAGGCCGUGCCGGCGGGGUGCGCUGCGCAUCGCUCCGACGGCACUGGGAUGGGAACGGGCACCGGGAUGGGAACAGGCACCGACACCGGCAUGGGGCUGCUGUGGCUCUGCGCCGUGCUGCUGACGCUGCCCGGAGCCUGGGGUGACUGCCAGGACCCGCCGAGGUUCUCCUUCGCCGAGCCCAGCGGCCCCACCAACAAGUCGUACCCCGUCGGGUCCUGGGUGCGCUACAGGUGCCGCCCUGGGUACGUGGGGGUCGGUGGCAAGUCCUCUCUGGUCACCUGCCUCCCCAACUCCACCUGGGCGUCGGACCCUGACUUCUGCAUCGGAAGGUUGUGCCGUGAACCAGACAUAGAAAAUGGCAAAUUUCACUACUCAACCGACCUGCGAUUCGGGGCGACGAUAAAUUUCACCUGUAAUUUUGGGUACCGAUUAGUUGGGGAGCCAUCAGCGAAGUGCAUAGUUAGUAACAAUGAUGUUACUUGGGAUAACGUUCCAUUCUGUGAGAUUGUUCCCUGUGAACCACCUCCUGUAAUCGCAAACGGGCAGUUCAGCGGUGUGCAAACAGAAUACACCUUUGGCUUAGCUGUAACUUACACGUGCAAUGAAGGUUUUUCUCUCAUUGGAAGCUCCACGAUUUAUUGUACGGUGGAUGCUGAGUCCAAUGGAAUAUGGAGCGAUCCAGCCCCUGAAUGCAAAGUGGUGAGAUGUGAAAAUCCAAUAGUCGAAAAUGGGAAGAAAUUAACUGGCUUUGUUGAGCAGUACACAUACGGAGAUAUGGUGACCUUUGAAUGUCUUCCUGGCUAUUUUUUAAAUGGUUCUCAUACGGUUAAAUGUGAUGCAGACAAUGCCUGGAAUCCACCUCUGCCAAAGUGUGAGCGACGUGGAGCGGCCACCAUCAUUGUUGGAGGCCCUGGGACUGCUGCAGUGGUGAAGGAGGAAAAGCAGCAGCAGCAGAAGCGCGUGGGACCUGCACCACCCUGGGGCUGGUGGCUGCGCCCGUCCUGUGCGGGGAGGCCACGGGUUCCUGUCCCAUGGCCCCGGGAAGCCCCGCAGCUGCGGCUCCUUCCGCAGGCCUGGGGGAACUGGGGUGCCCAUAUCAGCCCGCGGCCCUCCGGGAGCUGCAGUCGGGACCGGAGCAUGGUGCUCGCCUUCGCCCUCCGCCUCCUGGGCAGCUCCACUCUGCUCCUGGCUGCUGUGGCUGGGGCUCAAGUUAUCCGAUGCCCACCCCCAUACAUCCGGAAUGGGAAGAGCAGGUCUGCUGCUCGCUACGUCUACAGGGCUGGGAGCAGCGUAAGCUUCACGUGCAACCCAGGCUACACCUUGCAGGGCUCCCACACCAGCACCUGCCAAGCUGACUCCAGAUGGAGCCCACCUGUGCCAGAGUGCAAAAAGGAGGUGACAUGUCCUCGGCCACCAAACAUCGCCAACGGGCUGCACAGCGGCCAGACCACGGAAAAAUUUACUCAGGGAGACAUCGUGUACUACGGCUGCAAGAAUGGCUUCACGCUGGUCGGGAACAUCUCCAUCAACUGCUCGGAGGCUGGGCUGUGGAGCCGGCCCCUGCCACGCUGCCAAGCAAUCGGCUGUGAGAGACCCGAGGUGAGGAACGGGAAGGUGCACGGGCACGAGAGCACCUAUGAAGCCGGGGAGAUUCUGCACUUCGACUGCGAUGCUGGCCAUGCCACACAUGGUGCUCAGGAGGCUCAGUGCCUACCGGGAGGCACCUGGGACCCACCAGUGCUGGCCUGUGAGAGAGUCCGACCGUGCCCCAUGCCCCCAAAGAUCAGCAACGGACAACACGACGGGCAGGGCAAAGCAGAAUUUACCAUGGGGAUGUAUGUGACCUACACCUGCGAUCCUGGCUACUACCUUGCUGAAGACAUCCCGCAUGUAUUUUGCAAAGCCUCAGGGAACUGGAGCCAGCCCAGCCCGCGCUGCGAAGAGGUGACGUGUCCUCAGCCACCAAACAUCGCCAACGGGCUGCACAGCGGCCAGUCCAUGGACAGGUUUCCCCAGGGCACGACCGUGUACUACGGCUGCAAGAAUGGCUUCACGCUGGUCGGGAACAUCUCCAUCAACUGCUCGGAGGCCGGGCUGUGGAGCCGGCCCCUGCCACGCUGCCAAGCAAUCGGCUGUGAGAGACCCGAGGUGAGGAACGGGAAGGUGCACGGGCACGAGAGCACCUAUGAAGCCGGGGAGAUUCUGCACUUCGACUGCGAUGCUGGCCAUGCCACAGAUGGUGCUCAGGAGGCUCAGUGCCUGCCAGGAGGCACCUGGGACCCACCAGUGCUGGCCUGUGAGAGAGUCCGACCAUGCCCCAUGCCCCCAAAGAUCAGCAACGGACAACACGAUGGGCAGGGCAAAAGUUUUUUCACCACGGGGAUGUCUGUGAUAUACAGCUGCGAUCCCGGCUACUACCUCAUUGGAAAUGCUCAGGUGGUCUGCAAAGCCUCAGGGAACUGGAGCCAGCCCAGCCCGCACUGCGAAGUGACAAUCUGCAUAAAGCCGCAUAUACUGAACGGACGGAUAGUUGAUGAUAAAGGACUUAUCUACGCACCUGGGCAGGUGGUGACGGUUCAGUGCCACGACAGUUACAGCCUGCAAGGUACUGCUAAAAUCCUCUGCCAGGAGGACGGCAGCUGGGACCCUCCCAUGCCCCUCUGCGACCUGCACCAUCACCAGAUGAUGCUGAUCAGGCCCGAGCCUUCAGGUGGUUGUGGUGCUCCUACAAGGUUACCCUUUGCUGAGCUAAACGAGGAGCAUAGGAAUGAGAUUGAUUUUUCUGUUGGGAAGACUGUGAAAUACACUUGUCGGCCUGGAUUUGCUAAACACCCAGGACUGUCACCUACUAUUACAUGCCUUCAGAGCGGAGUGUGGUCAGAAGCACUAGAGUUCUGUAAAAGGAAGCAAUGCAACCACCCCGGGGAACCCGAGAACGGCAGGAUUACCUUCCUGGCGGAUCUCUUCUUUGGGUCAACCGUGGUCUACAGCUGUGAAGAAGGGCAUAGGUUAAUCGGACAGUCCAGCAGGCGCUGUGAGAUCUCUGGUGGACGUGUCGCGUGGUCCGGCGAUAUCCCCACCUGCCAGCGUAUCCCCUGUGCGCCCCCGCCCAGCAUUCCCCACGGGAAGCACACGGGGCGGCUGCUGGACGAAUUCCACUACGGCACGUCGGUCACCUACAGCUGCGAGCCCGGCUACCCGCUGCAGGGAGAGGCCUCCAUCUUCUGCACCACCAAGGACGGGAAGAACGGGGAGUGGAGCGGGCCCCCCCCGCUGUGCGGAGAGGCGAGAUGUCCCGUCCCGCAGAUCCAGAAUGGGCGAAUAGUGUCGGCUCCUAGCGUCACCUACACAUACAAGGACACCGUCACCUUCGAGUGUGAGCCAGGCUACACCAUGCGCGGGCACAGCGUGGUGCAGUGCCAGCUGAACAGCACCUGGGAGCCACCCGUGCCAGCCUGCGAGCGGGCUGGCUGCAGUGCUCCCCCCAGGCUGGUGUUUGCUGAGCUGAAGGAGGCGUUCAGGAACCAGAGCACCUUCCCCGUGGGCAGGGCGGUGGAGUACGUGUGCCGGCCCGGCUACAGCGCGCACCCGGGGAUGUCACCGACUGUUGUGUGCCUCAGGAAUCAGACCUGGUCUGCGGCGCUGGAGUUCUGUAAAAGAAUGCAGUGUGAGAACCCCGAGGAUCCGGAGAAUGGCAGAGCCGUUGUCCUGACCGACCUCCUCCUCGGGUCCAAAGUGAAUUACACGUGUGAAAAAGGGCACACGCUGGUGGGGCAUUCUCAGAGGAUGUGUGAGAUCUCUGGCACCCGUGUCUCCUGGAGCGGAGCUGCUCCCAUCUGCCGGCAGGUGAGGUGUCCUCCCCCUCCAGGCAUCCCCAACGGGCAGCACAGCGGCCAGCCCUCGGACACGUUCCCGGCAGGCUCGGCAGUUCAGUACACCUGUAAGGAUGGCUACUCCCUCAUUGGGAACGCGUCCCUCAGCUGCACCACCGCGGGAACCUGGAGCCGGCCCCGGCCGCGCUGCGAAGCAAUCGGCUGCAAAAGACCAGAGAUUGAGCACGGGAGAACAACCGGGCUGGAGGCUGUGUACAAGCUUGAGGCCACCGCUGUCUUCGAAUGUGAUUUUGGUUAUGCCCUGAAGGGUUCUCAGGAGUCUCAGUGCCAGUUUGGGGGCACGUGGCACCCACCUGUCCCCACCUGUGAAAAGAUGCUGCUGUGUCCUUCCCCUCCGACUAUCAAAAAUGGCCGGCACAGUAGCAAGGACAUGACAGUGUUCAUCCCUGGGACAUUGGUGAAGUACGAGUGUGACCCAGGCUAUGUCCUCACGGGGAAAACCACUGUUUCUUGUUUGCCAUCUGGAACCUGGAGCAUCCCUUACCCCCGGUGCGAAGUUGUCACCUGCAUGAGCCCCAGAGUCCGGGAUGGAGAAGUGGCUGAAGGGCAGCGAGCCGAGUACCUCCCUGGGGACACCGUCACCUUCCGCUGCCGCCCGGGCUACACGAUGCGGGGCAGCCAGGAGGCCAAGUGCCAUCCCGCUGGCCGCUGGGUCCCCUCUGUCCCCAGCUGUGAGCCAGCGCUGCCUUGUCCGCCGCCGCCCGUUAUCGCCCACGCCACGCAUGGUGCAGAGCUCGGGGCCAACUUCACCAGUGGCAUGGCCGUGAACUACAGUUGCCAGCCCGGCUUCUCCCUGCUCGGGGCCUCCUCCAUCUGGUGCACGGCCGCGGGGAGCUGGAGCCGCCCGUACCCACGCUGUGCAGCUGGAUGUGGGACACCACCAUCGUUAUUGUUUGCUGAGCUAAACAAAGAGUAUAAGAACUGGACCGAGUUUCCUGUUGGGUCGACAGUGAAGUACAGCUGCCGGCCAGGAUAUGCUAAACAUCCGCAGAUAAUCCCUGCUAUUACAUGCCUUGAGAAUCAGACAUGGUCAGAAGUCAAGAAGUUUUGCAAACGGAGAAGGUGUAGUCACCCAGGAGAACCAGAAAACGGCAGAGUUAUCGUUACAACAGACCUCCUCUUCGGGUCAACAGUGAAUUACACGUGUGAUGAAGGGCACCGGCUGGUCGGAGCCUCCCAGCGGCACUGCGUGAUUUUGGACUCUGGGACACGCGUGGGAUGGACCGGAGACGUUCCUGUCUGCCAGAGUAUCGUCUGCGACCCGCCCCCGGACAUCCCCCGCGGGACACACAAUGGGCACUCGAUGGACGCCUUCCCCUACGCGGCCGUGGUCACCUACACGUGCGAGCCGGGCCACGCGCUGGCCGGAGCCGCCUCCAUCUUCUGCACCACGGUGGAUGGGAAGCGUGGCGAGUGGAGCGGGCCGCCGCCGCGGUGCGGAGAGUCGCAGUGCUCUCCCCCUCCAGCCAUUGCCAAUGGAAGACACAGUGGCCAAGGCCUGGCAGUUUUCACCAGCAACAUGUCCGUGAGCUACACCUGUGAUCCUGGCUUUGUUCUCGUUGGAGAGAAACACCUUCACUGUACCUCUGCCGGAGCUUGGAGUGCCCCAGCCCCGCGGUGCCAAGCAGGGCAGCUGUGUCCCCCCCCACCAGUGAUCGACCAUGGCCAGCACGACGGCAAGAACAUGGAAGCGUUCGUCCCUGGGAAGUCCGUCAAUUACAGCUGUGACCCCGGCUAUUCUCUUGUUGGAAAACCCACCCUGUACUGUACAGACAACGCGAGCUGGAGCACCCCGCACCCCCAGUGUGAAGUCUCUUUAGUAGUGCAAUGUCCUUCACCUCCAAACAUUGAAGGAGGCAGUCACAGCAGCCAGGAGGUGGAAGUUUUCAUUCCCGGGAUGGUUGUAAACUACAGCUGUGACCCUGGCUUCAGCCUCCUGGGGGAGGCAUCGAUUUACUGCACCGAGUCUGGAAACUGGAGCCUGCCUCCUCCUCAGUGUGCAGGUGGCUGCGGCGCACCUCCAAGCCUCAGCUUUGCUGAGCUAACUGAGGAGUACAGAAACCAGACUGCAUUUCCCAUUGGGAAGACGGUGCGAUACGCCUGCCGGCCGGGAUACUCGAGGCACCCCACAGUACCCCCAGCUCUGACGUGCCUCAGAAACCACACGUGGUCUGAAGCGCGGGCGUUCUGUAAAAGGAAACAAUGCCAUUAUCCAGAAGCACCAAAGAAUGGCAGAGUUGUUCUGACAGACCUCCGCUUUGGGUCCAUUGUGAACCACACGUGUGAGGAAGGGCACCGACUGGUCGGGCUGUCUCUGAGGCGAUGUGAGCUUUUUGGAGCAGAUGUUGCAUGGAGCGGAGAUCUUCCCAUUUGUCAGAAGGUGGCAUGUCCAGCCCCACAGAUCCAGAACGGGAGGAUAUCUGUUGUUAAAAAUCGCUACAAGUACAACGACACCGUUAGCUUUACCUGCCGUGAAGGUUUCACGCUGCGAGGCCACCGCACUGCCCAGUGCACAGCCAACAGGAGGUGGCACCCCCCGGUGCCCGUCUGUGAGCGGGAUGGAGUGGCAGAACACUAUCAUCGUCCUGAUACCACGGUGAGGCCAGCGGUAAUGUGUCUGCCUCCUCCGGGCAUUGCUAACGGGGAGCACAGCAGCCAUUCCUCGGACACGUUUGGUGUAGGAGCACUCGUGCACUACCGCUGCAAACCUGGUUUUGUCCUUAUUGACCACGAGUCUGUCCGCUGCAUGCCCAACGGAGCCUGGAGCCACCCCCGUCCUCGGUGCGAAGCUGGCUGUGUGAGACCAGGAGUUGGGAACGGAGAGGCAAUCGGAUUGGAGUCUCUCUACAGGCCUGGAGACAUCAUUACGAUUGAGUGCAAUGCUGUCAAUGUCCCCAGAGGCCUCCACAAGUCCCAGUGCCAGCCUGGGGGCACGUGGGAUCCUCCACUGCCUGCCUGUAGCAGAGGUAAGCGCCUGUGCUCAGACACCUCUCCUUUAUCUGGUAUCUCAGUUUCUCAGAACAAACUCCUUGAAAGCAAGCUGCCAGCUUUGCCAGACAGAAGGGACCUGUGUGGAUGUUGCAGUGAGGUGGUCUUACAACCCUGUGCGUUAGUGUCAGUAGUGCGGCGAUGGGCGUGCAGCCACGCACGGGUGCUGGGAGCCUCUCCUCUUGCCUGUACGAGUUGUGUUUUAAUCUGUGCUUCCCUCUCUUUAGCAAAGCACUGUUCCAAGCCUUCAGCUAUCCCCCAUGGGUGGCACAGUGGCCUGGCAAAAGCGGUUUUCGCUCCUGGAACAUCUGUAAGCUACAGCUGUGAGCCCGGCUUCUCGCUCACUGGGAAGGCAUCCAUUUACUGUACAGAGUCUGGAGCCUGGAGCCAUCCUUCUCCAGUCUGUCAAGCUGUGAAGUGCCCUCUUCCUCCAAAUAUCACCAACGGGAAGCUCAAAGGCAACAUUUCUGACACUUUUUCCUAUGGAGCAUCUGUGUCCUACAGCUGUAAUGCUGGUUAUUCGCUCACUGGGAAUGCUUUCAUCAACUGCACAGCACUAGGGACCUGGAGCCAGCCGCCUCCUCGGUGCGAAGAGAUCAGAUGCAUAUUCCCAGAAGUUCAAGGUGUUAAGAAAGCCACAGGUGGAAACACUUAUCGAUUUGGGACUAACAUUACUCUUGAAUGUGAUGAUGGUUACAUGUUGGAAGGCAUCAGUCAGAUUCAGUGCCAAGAGGACUUCAGCUGGGACCCUCCUGUGCCAGCCUGUAAACUAACUUCACGCAAGUCUGGUUCAGUAGGCCUAGGAAUCGCAGCUGCGGCAGUUCUGCUUCUCCUGGGUGCAGGCAUUAUCUGGAAAAUUAUUUCUAAGCAGAAGCAAGGCUUUUAUCAUACAUAUGAAAACUACAACUACAAAACCGCUCUGGACCAGAUAACCGAAAAGAAAUGCUCAUGUCUUGCAUAGCAGACUGGCGACCUGUGCUGCCCCUAAUAAGGCACAGGAGACAUUCUUCCUCAAGCAGCAGCAGGCUGCAUGGAAGCACUGCUCGUGUCGAGACCGAAAUUCUGCAUGGAAAAAGGCACUUUACCACAGAACCAAGGCUCACGCUCCUUCUGCUCCCAUUAACCACUCCAGGGGCCUAACAAAGCUCAAGCUGUGCACAGUACAGAAGCUGAUUAGGGAGACUUCUCUCCCGCACUGCAUCUCAUGAAGAUUAUUUCCCUCUCUGUUCGCAAACCCUGAGUUAAGCAGCAUCCACAGCAGCAUUCCUGCACGUGUGCAGUCCGAUUUGUUGGCCCAGAGAUUUCUUGUUAGCGGUAGCUGUGCCCGGGCCUGCAGCGCGGUUACACGGCCUCAGCAGAGGCUGCUCUCUAAUUUACUCCAGGAAUGCUCACGCAAGGUGUUCCUCUACAAACGCUUAACCUAAUAAAACGUGAAUACAGGACAA